AUGGCGGAGCUGGAGCCCAAGGUGAUGGCGGUGAGGGAGCUGCAGAGCCAGCAGAAUGCGGUGGAGGAGCUGGACGAGAUGAUUGCAGAGCAGGAGGGCAGCGACGACCCGGACGCUGUCGAGCUGCGUCAAAUGGCAAAGGACGAGCGUCGCGAGCUGCAGGAGUCCAUCGCCCGUCUCGAGGGCGAGGUCGUGCGUCUCAUGCUGCCUCGCGACGAAGCCGACGACAAGAGCUCCAUCUUGGAGAUCCGUGCCGGCACGGGAGGUGACGAGGCCUGCCUGUUCGCUGCGGACAUCCUCAAGAUGUACCAGAAGGUGGCGCUGGCCAAGGGCUGGAAGUUCGAGAUCAUGAGCAUUUCUGAGACGGACCUCGGUGGAUGCAAGGAGUGCGUGUGCUCGUUAACAGGACGCGGCGCUUACGGUCGCAUGAAGUUCGAGAGUGGAGUGCACCGCGUGCAGCGCGUGCCGGUGAAUGAUGUGCGCGUGCACACGAGUGCCGUGUCGGUGGUGGUGCUGCCCGAGGCCGAGGAGGUGGAGGUGGAGAUCGACCCCAAGGACCUUCGCAUUGACGUGUACCGCGCGUCUGGCGCCGGCGGCCAGCACGUGAACACCACGGAAAGCGCCGUGCGCAUCACGCAUAUCCCCACCGGCAUCGUGGCCGCCGUGCAGGACGAGCGCUCGCAGCACCAGAACAAGGCCAAGGCGCUGAAGAUUCUGCGUGCGCGCGUCUUCGACGGCAUCCGCCGGAAGCGCGACGCCGAGCGCCAGACCAUGCGCAACUCGCAGGUGGGCUCCGGAGACCGCUCGGAGCGUGUGCGCACGUACAACUUCCCGCAGAGCCGCGUGAGCGACCACCGCGUGAACGUGACGGUGUUCGGCAUCGAGCGCAUGUUGAACGGCGAGCUGCUGGACGAGAUCGUAGACGCGCUGGUGGUGGACGAGCAGAACCACCUGCUGCAGCAGCUCGAGACGCCGUAA